AUGAAAUGCAGAAAAGAUUGUGAAAUCACGAAAAACACUUCCACAAACCAGUCGUACAAAGUGAAUCAUCCAAUUACGUACAACUAUCCAACACUAGCGAAAAAGACUCGUCCUGCGAUGGAAAUUAGCUUUAUUGUUGGUACUUGGACUUUUAAAAAUUUGCGGCAAGACCUUUUUCAAUGUUAUCAACAAUUUUUUCCCGAAUUUACGCCAGAAAUAUUGGAGAAAACGAUUUCAGCAACUUCUCUACUCUAUCGUCUGAUUUUAUGCUCGGAAAUGUACGACAGGAGUUGUCACAACACGAUAAAAGGUUUCAGAUGA